GACAAGCGUGUGUCAACAAUACAAUCUAACACUAACAACUCUUUUUGAGUUCAAAAUUUCAGUACCUUUUUAUAAUUUAUAAUAUUCAACACAAAACUGAAGUAUGUGGUCAAUGCGGACUCAUCUCUGCGACCAACCAAUUUCGCUGUAGCGAUUAAAUAUCAAAAAAAAAAAGAACGUUGUCGGAAAAGUCGGCUGUUUUCCCCCGUCUCGCCUGCUACGAAAAGCUUAAAGCUAAAUAUAAAAAUCAGCGCAGCGCGGCCAAACACACAGUGAGUUCUUUGCUCGGUGCAUUGUUUUUCAUGUCGAUGGAAAAAAUGUGAGUCGAGACAGGAACGGAACGCAGCAGAAACGCAUCUUGUAUGUGUGUAUAUGUAUAUAUGCAACGGUGCGCCUGUGUUUGCAUUUGUGUGCGAGUGGCUGGUGCAAGGGAAAAUCAUUAUUAUAAAUGAAAACUGGUGAAAUGUACGACAACCAACUCCCACUUGUACGUGUGCGGGGUGCGCAGUGAAGAAGGGUGUUUACCUCUGUCCGAUUUCCUGUGUGUGAGUGCAUGUGUGUGUGUGCGUGCCAGAUAGACUCGAAUUUCUGUUGGUUUUUUCCGUCCGUUGGAGGAUAUUAGUGUCGCAGGACGGCAUUAGCCGCAAAAGGUUAAUAUGCUUGCAGACAUCCAUUAAUUGCGCAAAAGGUCACAAGUUAGGCACUACGCAAUGUGGUAGGGGCUAUUUGGUGGGUGGGACGGACGGGGGCCAGAGGCUGCUGUUGCGAAGAACAAAGAGGACGAAAAACACUACUGGGUGAAUUCGCUGCACGGCGAAUUCGGUUCGGAAACGAGAGCGCGCAUAGCAAAGGAGCAAGCAAAUAGUAAGGACUGUGUCGCCAGCCGGCAAAUUGGUAAUUAUGUCAGCGGCGGAACUUGAGGCGGAAGCUGCCGCAAAGGAACACCAGCCAGAGCAGCAGCAGCACAAAUCCCACAGCGAGCAAACACACACUGCCAACGAGGAGACUUUAAGUACUUCAAACAACUACAACGAGAAUGUGGAUAUUGACCAGCAGCUGCAGCUACACGCCCAGAUGCAGCAGCAACAGGAGGGGGACAACGGCCUGGCCGGCCUGGGCCUGAGCCUGAUGCAGAACUCGCCACCACCGCACAGCUAUCGCCAUUCACGAGCCUAUCGCCACUUUAAGAACCCGCCGCAGCCGCACAUGUGCAUCCGCACCACCACGGAGACGGGCGAGGAGCUGUUCAUCAACGUCCUUAGCUGGACGCGUAUUGUGAUACCGCAGGAGCCCAGUGAUCCCAUACCCCUAUACGGAGGCAUGCGCGUGCCGCCUGGCAGCCCGCGUAGCCCGCCCAUUGUCUUUGCUGUGAUGGCCAAUCCAGAGGUCCUCAAGGACUCUGGACGCCACAGCAAAGAUCCAGAGGAGCGACGCGCAAUGGUUGAGCUAAUGUGCGACUUUGUGGAGGCUAUGAAUCCCGGCGUGAAACUAGUCAGAAACGCUGUCAUACUCAAAGAUCGGGAUAUUUCUGGCGAGCUGAAAGAUGUCUGGAAUGCCGUGCAGGCCCAGCGGGACCGCGAGCGUGAGGAGCAAAUGCUCCAGCAGCGACAGCAGCAGCACUACCAGAACAUCACCACACAGCAAAUGUUUCCCAAAUCGCCAGAUGCGGCACGAGCUGCCAGUGCUGGCGCCGGGUUAAACGAAUCCAGCUCUCCACCAGCUCACAUUGGUGAGCCGCUGAUGGCAGAGCAUGGAAAUGGCAAUGGCAAUGCCAAUGGCAUCACUUUGGCAGUGUUUGCACAGCAGCUGGAUAACAAAGUGGCCAGCGAGCAGACGGAACAGCAGCAGCAUGUGGAGUCGCUGCCAACGAUUGAGGAUGCCUGUGUGGAUCAAACGGAUGCUGGAGGCAGCUCAGGGGCCAAUACGAAUGGCUCAACGACCGGCAUGGACAGUCAGCAGGCGGCGGAGGCCGAGCCAGAGCUUAAGAACGCCACACCCGUGGCUACCAACGGAGCCGGCACUGCCACAACAAGCGCUUCAACGCACAUGCCAGCUGCCUCGCCACCGGCUACGGUGGCACCCACUCCCACACCCGUAGCAGCUGCACCAGCCAAGAAGGAGAAACUUGGAGGCUUCCUGCCCAACGGCUGUAUCUUCCCGCGCUUCAAGAACAACAAGCACAAGGACAAGGACAGCAGUCACAAGGAGGGCAAGAGCAAAGAGAAGACCCUCCUGAAUGCCCUCAAGAAGAGCAAAGAGAAGAAGGUGGCUCCCAGCGAGCAGGCGGCUGGCGAAAAGGCUGCCGCUUCGUCGGACAAUGGCACCACGCAGUACGAGAAGAACUGCAUCAACAAUCUGGAGUGCGAGGUGCAGAAGCUUGAUCUGAACGGCAGCAACAACGACACAAAUAUGUUCAUCAAGCUAAAAGUGUCAUCGGCCAGCGCCACAGCAGCUGCCGCGGCCAAGUAGGCGGGGAGGGGUGCAGAUGAUUUAUACUCAACAUUUUGUAGGUAAGUUGGCGUGGAAUAGGAGGGAGGGACACCCAAGCCCAGGCACUCACUAGCAUAGUGGUGGCUCCACAGCGUAGGGAUCGUAGCCUCUGGAGAUAGAGAGAGAGAGAGAGGGAGGGUCAGGGUCUGUAGGAGUCACUGUUGUAGCACGUAGGGUUAGAGUCGUGUAGCAUAUACAAGAUUUAUAUAUACAGAAUACGUUUAUAUAUAUACAACACACAUAUAUACACGUUGAAUCGGUCAAUUUUUGGAUACGAAAUCCAGCCGCAGACUCGAAAAGAACCAGAACUACUCGUAGAACAGUUGUGCCAUGCUCCCCAUGCUCAUAGACAUACAUAGACGAUGACAUUCACUAGCAGAAUCUUCCCCAGAAUCGGCAUUUAACUGAGAAAUGAUAAACGUAUUUAUAUAGUUCGAUAUACAGAUGUUUGCCUUAUAUACAAGAUGUCCCCACAGAGAGAGAUAGAGAGAGCGAUAGAGCCCUAAAACCCCAACAAAUACAAAUGCAACAAAAGAAAGAACAUUAAGAACAAAGAAUCAAUGUAUUUAACACUUAGGGAUUGCUGCCAUGGCAUCAAUCGUCAAAUGUAACUAAUGCGCCAAAAUGAAUAUCAAUCGCACUCCACUCCACUCCACCACCUCCGAUUACAUCUUAGACUAAAAGGUAUAUCUAUCUAUGUGCUAAACCCAUUCCCCCAUUUGUCAAAUCCAAUUCAAAAGUAUUACAAAGUCCUCUUUGAUCUCCGCGCCUUGAAGUUGAGGGGGGAGUACGUUCUGCGACCUACGAUCUACGACCUGUGGAGGCUUAAGCGCUGCUGCUGGCUCAAUGAGAAACAACUAACUUAUGUACCUUACAGUGUAUACCCGAACACAGAAGUAUACCAAUCCGCAGAGUCGCUAAUAGGUUUUACAUAACUUUUGUUAAAGUUUAACUUUUAAUUUCUUUUGGUUCUGUGCUACUUAUGACUUUCUUUAUCUUGUUUAAGUUUUCUCCUGCAUGCUAUGCUCUCUCCUUUAACUAUUUAGCUUUAUUUUGUUUGUUUGUUUUUAUCUAACCACUCAACAAAAACACAAAAACGAAUCCCUCAACUUCAAAGGAAGCCAUUCAUUCAGUCCAUCAUCAUCUGAAAACAAAAAUUCGAAUAAAACAUUCAGUAAAUUCAAGUGAAAGGAAAGAGUAAAUGUUUCAACUGCAAAUAUCGGACUGAACAAUGCUGCCAUAUAAAAAUAUAUACACAUACAUAUUUAUAUGCAAAAAGCAAUGAGUGUUUUUUGUAUAUGAAACCCGAAACAAAUAUUUCCCAUAAAUGAAUGAAAUUUCAAUUGUGAUCCAAUCGAAAAUCAAAUUUCGUUUCCACAUCGAACAAUUUUAUUGAAAGAAAUACCACACCAUGUAUACCGAAUAAAAUAUAAUUUUGUUUGCUAGAAAAGAAAAACUCAAACGAAGAAUCUUCAGCAGGAAACAUUAUUCACCUUUUGGGUUUUGUUGUUCAACUUUAAAGUCUCGUAUUUGUUUUGUUCGUUAAGGUGCCAUACAGUAAAAUGGUAUGAGAACUAAUCAAAAUCGAUUGCUUUCAAUUGGUAUUUUAAUUAGAGCCUAGCGUUUUCUUACUGACUUCCGCGGGAGUCUUCUGAAGAUGGUUGGCAGAUGACGGAGAACGAACCCUAAAGUAUAUGCUGGUUUUUAACUGGUUGUAAGUGAGAAAUGCUCGUGUAAAAUUAGUAUUAAAUCAUGGCAUGACCAUUGCAGCAAACAGAACACCACAACAUCACACUAUAAUUACAAAUUAAAACUUAGUCUAAGUCUAAAAAAGCAAUAAUUUUACUUGAAAAGCGGCAAAACGAAACGAAACGAAAUGGCAAGAAAAUUAUGGGGCGCGUAGCUGCAGUGCGUGUAAAAUGUUGGCUAACACAAUAACUUCUACAACAA